AGUACUAAGUACACUUUUUUAUACAAGUUAUUUGUAUUGUGCUUUUAAGUAACUUUACAAACUCUGAUAUCUGAUUAUCGAUCAAGGAGAAAUUUUGUAAAAUGGGUUCAAAUGAAAUAUUUUAUAGCUUAACUCGUGGAGUUCACUUUAAAAAACGAAAACUUGAAGAAGAUGAGAAGUCGCAUGAUAAAUUUAGCUCUAAAAAAUUUAAAAAAGAAUUCGAGGAUAUUGUUGACAAGAACGAGAUAGAGAUUUUUAAUAAGCAACGUAAAGCACAUGAGGCAAAUGAAAAAACGCCAAAAAAAGAAAAACAAUUUCUUCAAGGAUUUUUAGUUAAAAAUACAAAGUUAAAUGAUUUCAGAAAAAAAAAUAAAAUAAAUGUAGCUGGAAAACGAAUUCCUAAAGCGAUACAAAAUUUUGAAGCCCUUCAAGUUGAUUAUGAAGUUCCUAAAAUCUUGAUAGACAAUCUAAAUUGCUGUGGCUUUUAUGUACCAACACCGGUCCAGAUGCAGGCUACUCCUGUUAUGCUAAAAGGUCGAAAUGUAAUGGCUUGCGCUCCGACAGGUUCUGGGAAAACUGUGGCGUUUUUAAUACCAAUUAUACGUGAUUUAAGGGUUCAUCAAAAAAAGGGAUUUCGGUGCAUUAUAUUAUGCCCAACAAGGGAAUUAGCCCAGCAAACAUAUAGAGAAACUCUGAGGUUGACUGAAAAAACCGGAUUGAAAACUCACAUAAUCAGUAAAGUCAAAAAACUAGAGGAAAAUUAUGAUUUAAAAUUUAAUAACAAGUAUGAUAUACUUAUAUCAACACCUAAUCGUGUAAGAUUUUUGCUUCAAUUUCAUCCUCCAAAGAUAGAUUUAUCCAAUAUCGAGUGGUUUAUAAUUGAUGAAGCUGAUAGACUCUUAGAAGAUGGUAAAAAUAGUUUUAAAGAGCAGUUUGAUGAUAUUUGGAAUGCAUGUUCAAACACAAGUAAAAAAAUGGGUCUAUUUAGCGCAACGUAUACAACGCAAGUUGCAAAAUGGGCUUUAAGAAAUUUAAAGCAGUUAGUGAGAAUUACAAUUGGAGAAAGAAAUUCAGCAACAAGUUUAGUAGACCAGGAACUUUUUUUUGUUGGAAGUGAAUCGGGAAAAUUGUUAGCUAUAAGAAAUAUGAUUCAAAAUGGUUUAAAGCCCCCAGUUUUAAUUUUUGUUCAAAGCAAGGACCGAGCACAACAACUUCUUUCUGAAUUACUUUAUGAUGGAAUAAACGUUGAUGUUAUUCAUGCUGAUCGAUCUCAACAGCAACGUGAUAAUGUUGUAAAAGCUUUUCGUGAAGGAAAAAUUUGGGUGCUUAUAUGCACGGAAUUAAUGAGUCGGGGUAUUGAUUUUAAAUGUGUUAAUUUAGUUAUCAAUUAUGACUUUCCACCUACUUCCAUUUCUUAUAUACAUCGCAUCGGUAGAACAGGCCGAGCUGGAAGAAGGGGGAAAGCAGUUACCUUCUUUACGCAGGAGGACCAACCAAAUUUGAGAAGUAUCGCGCACAUCAUACAAAAAUCUGGGGGGCAAGUUCCAGAGUUUAUGUUAACUCUAAAGAAACCAAAAAAAUCUGAAAAGAAAAAGUUGGCGAAUUACGCACCUAAGAGAGAGGAUAUUUUAACCACUCCCAAAUUUGUGUUAGAGAAAAGGAAGACAAGUAAAGAAAAUCUUUCCCAGAUUGGAAAUGGUAGAGGUAAUACAAAUUCGAAAAAACACGAAAGUUUUAAAGAAAAAUUAAAUUCCAAUGGGCAUAAGAAAAAGAAUUUUGUACUUUUAAGCAAACGUGGAACAGCAACUAAAAAUAUAUAAAUAACUUACUUGUU